AUGAAGACUUUUAAAAAAGCAACUGAUCCAAAUAUCUUGAAGCAUGUUAAUGCGUUAGAUAACGGGGAAAUAACAACUGUCUCUUUGAAACAUAUAUUCCACCAUGGCUCUUCAAAGUAUCCUAAUUUAUUUCGUCGUUUGGACGUAACUGAAGAAAACCUUCGUACUCAGGAACUAGCUUCCGGCACGUCUUUCGCUUAUGAUGUCAUGGGUGUAAAUGGCACCGGUUUUAAAUAUGAGAAAGAUAAUGCCGUAGAAGAGUUUAGAAAUAUAUCAAUGAAUGAACUCAAGUCAUCUAAGCUGGAUUGGAGAGAUAUAGGAAAAUGGUUACCUGCUAUAAAGAAUUGGGGCACUCUCAUCAAUCUAGCUAAGAUGACAUAUAAUGCUUAUAUCGAGAUGGGCCAAGAAGAUUGGUAUGAUCUUGGUGAGGAAUAUAGCACGAAUAAUACGUUUGGAUGGGAAGAGGAUGGUAUCCGAGGUUAUGUUUUUGCCUCAUCAGACAAUAAGACAUUAAUCAUUUCGAUUAAAGGAACCAGCAUGGGAUUUGGUGCUGGCCCAACUGUACCAAGAGACAAAGAAAAUGAUAAUCUUUUGUUUUCUUGUUGUUGUGCUAAAGUAGAUCGUACGUGGACUCCAGUUUGUGAUUGUUAUAAAGGCGGUUACAGCUGUGACAAAACUUGUUUACAAGACAGCGUGGACGGAGAAAGCCUAUAUUAUGGCAUUACCCUGAACCUUGUUAAUAGCAUUUACCAUGAAUAUCCCAAUUCACAUAUAUGGCUAACAGGUCAUUCACUUGGUGGAGCACUUUCUUCUUUAAUGGGACUAACAUAUAAUUUACCUGUGGUAGCAUUUGAAUCACCUGGCGAAAGAAAGGCAGCAAGUUUAUUACAUUUACCUCAUCCACCCGCAAUACCAUGGGAUAAAAUGAAUAUUUACCAUUUUGGCCACACGGCUGAUCCUAUUUAUAUGGGAUCAUGUAAUGGGUUUUCGAGUUCAUGCUAUAUUGGUGGAUAUGCUAUGGAAACAAAGUGUCAUGCUGGAAUUGCAUGUACUUUUGAUACUGUAUCGAAAUUAAAAUGGAGUGUUAAUAUUAAAAGACAUCGUAUUCAGGAAAUUAUUGAUAAUAUCUUGAAAGUUUGGUGGAAUCUCUUCAAAUUAUUUCCUGAUUGUAAAAAUGAUGAUGAAUGCGAAGAUUGUGGUCUUUGGGAAUAUAUUGAAUAA